UGGGGCUGAGCCCCAGAGCGUAGUCGGACUCUGAAGGGGAGUGGCCGCCGUGAGUGUGGGGCCUGCGGCCUUGUCGUCCCUGCGCCCUCUGCCCGGCCCGCCGCGCGCUAGGCCACUGACGGCACCGGCCUCAGCCAGGCCCCGCGCGUCCCCGCGCGUCUCCUCCUGCCGCGCUCUGAAGACCCGAGAACCUUGGAUAAUUUUGCCCUGGGUUGGCAACUUGGGCGUGAGGGCCUGAAGGAGGGGAUCUCAAGCAGGUGUCAGGAGGUCCCUCUCCACUGAAUACGCCCCCUCGGCUCGUUCCUGCAACUUCCUUUGACCUCGUCUUUCCUCCUCAGUCCUUUAUGCCACCUUCUCCUUUUUUUGCGGAUGCCGCAUCUCCUCUGGAGUGUUGCUCAGCCCUCUAGUACCGCUCGCUGGCCUUGGGAGGGGGUUCCAUUCUCGACCUUACAGAUCAUCUCCCCAGAGAACUUCUUGGUCCUGAUGUCUGACCAUGGAGAUGUGAGCCUUCCACCCGAAGACCGGGUGAGGGCCCUCUCCCAGAUGGGUAGCGCAGUGGAGAUAAAUGAAGACAUUCCACCCCGACGGUACUUCCGCUCUGGAGUUGAGAUUAUCCGAAUGGCAUCCAUUUACUCUGAGGAAGGCAACAUUGAACACGCCUUCAUCCUCUAUAACAAGUAUAUCACGCUCUUUAUUGAGAAACUCCCAAAGCAUCGAGAUUACAAAUCGGCUGUCAUUCCUGAAAAGAAAGACACAGUAAAGAAGUUGAAGGAAAUUGCAUUUCCCAAGGCAGAAGAGCUGAAGGAAGAGCUAUUAAAACGAUAUACAAAAGAAUAUAUAGAAUAUAAUGAAGAAAAGAAGAGGGAAGCAGAAGAGCUCGCACGGAGCGUGGCCAUCCAGCAGGAGCUGGAGAAGGAGCGGCAGAGGGUGGCCCAGCAGAAGCAGCAGCAGUUGGAGCAAGAGCAGUUCCAUGCCUUUGAGGAGAUGAUCCGGAACCAGGAGCUGGAAAAGGAGCGACUGAAGAUCGUGCAGGAGUUUGGGAAGGUGGACCCUGGCCUAGGCGGCCCCCUGGUGCCAGAUUUGGAGAAGCCCUCCCCAGAUGCGUUCCCCCCGGCACCUGUGGCAUCUGCACAGUCUACAGAUUGUAAUACGACCGUGAGGCCUGCCAAGCCACCCGUGGUGGACAGGUCCUUGAAACCGGGAGCACUGAGCAACUCAGAAAGUACUCCUACAAUCGACGGACUGCGCCAUGUGGCGGUGCCCGAGAGGCUCUGCCCGCAGUUCCUCCAGUUAGCCAGUGCCAACACAGCCCGAGGAGUAGAGACAUGUGGAAUUCUCUGUGGAAAACUGAUGAGGAAUGAGUUUACCAUUACUCAUGUUCUCAUCCCCAAGCAAAGUGCCGGGUCUGAUUAUUGCCACACCGAGAACGAAGAAGAGCUCUUCCUCAUACAGGAUCAGCAGGGUCUCAUCACACUGGGCUGGAUCCAUACUCAUCCCACACAGACUGCCUUCCUCUCCAGUGUUGACCUACACACUCAUUGCUCCUACCAGAUGAUGUUGCCGGAGUCAAUAGCCAUUGUUUGCUCCCCCAAAUUCCAGGAAACUGGAUUCUUUAAACUAACUGACCAUGGGCUAGAGGAGAUUUCUUCCUGUCGCCAGAAAGGAUUUCAUCCACACAGCAAGGAUCCACCUCUCUUCUGUAGCUGCAGCCACGUGACUGUUGUGGACAGAGCAGUGACCAUCACAGACCUUCGAUGAGAAUUUGGCUUGAACACUUCCCAAGAACUAUAAAACCAUAUCAGUGUACUGUAGGCCCUUAACUUAAACUUUCCAGAAAGCUCUGGAAGCCUUUUUAAACAGAAUUAAAAGUGAGUAUCACCUGGGGGAGAACUGAUUUUCUAUUUCUGGUUUAAAAAGAAAUAAUUGGCUGUAUUUUUUACAAGUGUGGAAAAAUAGCAUGACCCACUAAGACAACUUUUCAGUCUGUCUGCAAUUAAAAAAUUAAGUUGAAAGAAUGGUAUAAUGAACACUUAAUCUAUACCCUUUAUUCUAGAUUCACAAGUUAACAUAUUUUUUUCCUCUAAGCUAUGCUCCUAAUUUCUCCACCUAUUUGUCUACUGUUUACCUUUGGAAUUAUUAAGGGCAUCUAUGCAGAAAUUUGGAAGCCAUUUAGAAAAUCUUUGGGUUUUCCUGUGGUUUAUGACAACAUUAAUGAAGCUUAUUACAAGGGUGAUGGAUAGCUCACUAUGUCUGACCAGAUGGUGAGGCCCAAAAACCCUGAAGAGUGAUUUUGUCAGGAAGUAUUAUUAUUUAACAAAUAUGUCUGGAUAUUUUUUUCCUCUACAAUAAAAUAACAAUUAACAUA